GCUAGGGACACUCAGGCUGUGCAGGAAAGGGCUUGAUGAUGCUGAAUGUUCUCCUGCCAGGAAAUCAAACAGGAGAGGAGCCGGUACACCUGUGCAAAACUGAAGAGGAGGAAUCGGUACACCUGUGCAAGACUGAAGGGGAGGAGCCAGUACACCUGUGCAAGACUGAAAGGGAGGAGCCGGUACACCUGUGCAAGACUGAAGGGGAGGAUUCGUACAUCUGUGCAAGACUGAAGGGGAGGAGCCGGUACACCUGUGCAAGACUGAAGGGGAGGAGUCGGUACACUUGUGCAAGACUGAAGGGAAGGAGCCGAUAUACACCUAUACAAGACCGAAGGGGAGGAGCCGGUACACUGUGUACAGACUGAAGGGGAGGAAGUACAACUGUGCAAAGGGGAGGAGCCGGUACAUACACCUGUGCAAGACUGAAGGGGAGGAGCCGGUACCCCUGUGCAAGACUGAAGGGGAGGAGCCGGUACACCUGUGCAAGACUGAAGGGGAGGAGCCGGUACGCCUGUGCAAGACU